AUGGCAGCUGCGGAGGUAGACCUCGGCUACCUGGCUUCCCACUUGGGUAUGCCCGAGGGAAACCUCACAACUGUUGUUACAGAUCCCACCGCCGACCUCAUCAGAGCCGUAUUAUCUGCUGUCGCAGCUAAGGGCCAUGAUUAUGACGCGUUGUUUACCCAGAAGCUUCAGCUAGAAGUUGAGCUUGAGACCUCCGUACGCAGCGCCGAGGCCCAACGCGAUGCAAGCAAUGAGACUGCCAAAAAGGCGCUCAAGGAUGUCGAAGAGCUUCGCCAAAAACUCAAGAAUGAAGAAACUGCCCGUCAAGCGUUAGAAAACGAGCUACAGUCCAUUAAGUCAUCCAGUUCGACUUCCCAAUCCGAAAUCGAUAAACUCCGUGCGCGCAUUACUUCGCUCGAGACUUCGAACCGAGAGUCGCUUGCGAUAAUCGACACUAAGAACUCCGCAAACGAAACGCUCUCACAAGAACUACAGGCUCAACACCAGAAGAAUCUGAAAUUAAACCAGGAAAUUACAACGUUGCAGCAAUCCGUGCAGAAUGCGAAUAACGCGGCGAGCAGUUCCAAAAUCCGGGAGCAGUCGCUACAGCAGCAGCUGCAGAUGGCUCAGAACAGCAGUGACUUCUUCGAGAGAGAGUUAAAAACUAAAUCUGCCGAAGCGCUCAAGUAUAGGAAAGAGAAGGGAGCUCGUAUCGCUGAAUUGCAACGCCUCAAUGACGAUGCGGUCUCUAACGUGGAGUCUCUCAAGCGUACUGAGCAGCAGCUUCGCCAGCGCCUUGACGAAGCGCAGAAGAAGGCCGACGAUGCUCUUACCAGGAUUCAGCAACUACAAGAAGCUGCGGGUCGCAGAGAAGAAGAUUUUCGACAGGAAUGUGAUAGCCUACGGCGGUUGGUCGACUUAAAGGAACAGCAGACCUUAACGCACAAGAAACGCGUCCAAGAAGUCGAGGCGAGGGAAGAGCAGGUGAAACGUGAAUGUGAAGAUAAGAUCCGCCGGGUCAGCGAAGAACUUGCUAGGGCCAAUUCGGAUAAGGAUGAGCUUUCCCAAGCGGUCGAAUCCCUCCGAGAGGAAGUUGGUCGCUUGGAGGCCAUGGUCGCGGCAGGUAGCCCAGCACAACCUGGUUCCGCACCUCAGACUCCACGACCCUUGAAUGGGUCACUGUUCCGUUCCGGCUCACCGUUUGCGACGCCAGGUUCGACGCGAAAAUCAUUCUCGACGACACAACUAAUGGAAGAUUUCUACAAAGUCAAAGGACAGCUUAACGCCGAAAAACUUCGCAGCAGCAAUUUAGCAAAGGAAUUGGACGAUGUUAUUGACCAGCUUGAAGCUAAGCGACCGGAGCUGGAAGAACUCCAAGCUGAUAAUGAACGUCUACAGCAAGAGAUGAAGACAAUGUCGCAACUUUCCGACGAGAGCUUUAAAGAGAGAGACUUGGCAAAGAAGGCUUCACGCAAGGCCGAGGCGGCCGCUGCCGAUGCUGAGAAGCGGAAUACCCUCUUACAAUACGAAGUGAAGAGCCUCAGCGCCCAGAUCCAAAUGUUGACCUUCAACGUGCAUUGUCUCGAGAAGGGCCUAGACCAGCUCACUUCGGACGAAAGGUUAAUACUCCAGAGGCUAGAGAGGGGUCAACUACAUGACCAGGUAGGGGAUGAGGAGCUGAAUGCUCAUACCUCGAUUCUCGAACGUCUUGUUGUCUUUAAGAACAUUAAAGAACUCCAAGAGCGGAAUGAACAACUUCUCCAGGUCACGCAUGAGCUUGCGGAGAGAAUGGAGAAUGAGGAAGCCAUUGCCGCCAAGAGUCAGGCAAUGGAGGAUCACAAGGAGCGUGUUCGGCUCGAGCAGGAACUGGAGAUAUUUAAAGACACCCUAAGGGGCUUUCAAGUGAAAACCGAAAGUAUCACGAAGGAGAGAGACAUGUUCCGCCGUAUAGUAGAGUCAAGAGCAUCUGCCGAUGAAAUGGCUUCAGCCUUAGGCCGCUCUACACAGGAUGGCGUUCUUGCUAGCAUCGAGCAGAAUUCUACCGCAAACGACGAUGGUUCUGAUUACACCACUCUGCUCCGGGAUCUGCAGCAAAAUUUCGAUCUCUAUCGGAAUGAGCAAACGGUUGACCGCAAAACCAUGAAAGAGCAACUAGAGAAGCUAUCUGCAAUGAGAAAUUCACUCCAAGCCGAGGUUUCCAAGUUACAGAGCCAACUCUCUCUAGCAUCGGAGCGGCAUGAAAUCCUACAGUCGAACUUUGCCGCCCUACAAAGCGAGAACAAGGAACUCCAGAAGAGAAAUCAAACAAUGUCCGAGUCCGCCGCGAAACAAGAUAUACGCACCCAGCAAGUGGCCGAGGAUUUGGUCGAGGCCCGAGGAUUACUUGAGAGCAUGCGUAGUGAAAAUGCAAACCUUAAAGCGGAGAAGAAAUUGUUAAAGGAUAUCCACGAUAGACUAAGCCAAGACAACGAGAGUCUGAUGCAAGAGAAGUCGCGUCUAAAUGGCUUAGUCGCUACGCAGCAGACUCUCCAGAACGAACGCGAGCUGAGCGAAUCCGAAAUGAAACGACGUCUCCAAUCCCAAAUUGAUUCUUUAGAAGCCGAUCUUAAUGCCACCAGACGAAAGUUAACUGACGAAGUUGAGGAAGGAAAGAAGGCCCAGCUUCGCAAAGAAUACGAUGCUCAACAAUUCCAGAAACGGAUCGAUGAGCUCACUACAAACUUAAGCCAGAUCCGCGAAGAACUUGUGGCCACUAAGACCAGUCGAGAUCACCUCCAGAGCAGAGUUGACGAGCUGACCAUCCAAUUACGAAGUGCAGAGGAGCGCGCAGAGAGACUCCAACCAAGACCUACGCCAAGGCCGGGAUCCAUCGUCCCUAUAUCUGAACAAGGCAUCGCACAAGCUGAUUCUGAUGAACGCAUACAAGAUCUAAUUCAUGAAGUAACGGAUCUUAAGCGCGACCUAGAGAUGACGAGGUCACAUCUGGAGAACGCUCAAGUGCAGGUUGAAAGGUACAAAGAAUUGAGCCAAGCGUCGGAAGAGGAGCUUGAGAGGAUCAACUCUACACAGGAGCAGUAUCAGCAAGAGAUGGAUGCGGCAAUUUCAGCUAAGGAUGCCACAAUCAAGGAACUUGAACAACGAGUGGAGGACUUAUCGACAGAAUUGGCAAGAUCUAACAGCGAAUUGUCGAGUCUGCGUGAUUCCCAGGCCGAGAUCGCUAAGCGGUUCGAGGACGAGAAAGCUAUACUUGAUGAAGAAAUUAAGCGUCUGAAGGAUGAGGAAGAAAGAUACACGGCCUCUUCGCAAUUCCAUCAGCAAGACCUUCGUGCACAGGCUGAGAUCGCAGCCCACGCACAGCAAGCAUACGAAAGCGAGGUUAUGAAACAUGGAGAAACUGCAAAAUCACUAUCCAAUCUUCGUGGCGAAUACAACCAACUGAAGACUUCCGCAGCAACCUGGAAAGCAGAAGCCGAAUCAGCGAAAGCCACUCUGGUGCAGAGCCAGAGUUCCUGGGAUGAACGACGGCAACGGUUCGAGCGAGAAAUCACAGAACUUCGCACUCGUAGAGAUGAUGCCAAUGCACAAAAUAAGCUACUUCAUCAGCAACUAGAGGACGUAAUAAAACAGGUCUCAGCCCUACAGCAAAGUCGAAGCUCUACUGAUGAGUCACUUGAAGCCAUUGCCGCGCAACCUAGCGGUUCCGAUACUGACAAAUUCCGAGAAUUGAGCAAUUACCUUCGUCGCGAGAAAGAUAUCCUGGAAGUCCAAUAUGAUCUUAAAGUGCAAGAGGCCAAGAGACUACAACAACAACUCGAAUAUACGCAGUCGCAACUCGACGAGACUAGACUAAAGCUUGAACAGGAACGCCGUUCACAGGGUGACAGCGAUCGAAGCUCUAUAGCCCAUAAGGAUCUUAUGGGCAAGCUAGAGGAGCUCAACCUAUUCCGGGAAAGUAGCGCCGCUUUGCGGACAGAAGCACGUCAAGCGCAGGCCCAGUUAGCCGAGAAGACUGCCAGGAUCUCAGAAUUGGAAUCUACAAUCCAGCCCCUCGAGGCACAGAUUGAGGAGCUUCAGAGUCAGCAGGCCUUUAGAGAAGCCGAAAUGAAACAGCUCCACGAAGACCGAGAUCGCUGGCAAAAACGAACAGAGGAUAUUCUCUCGAAACAUGGCAGGACGGACCCAGCGGAAGUUGAAGAACUCAAGCAAACGGUUACCAAGCUUGAGUCAGAGAGAAACGCUCUGCAGGAAGCUGAGACACCUUUGAAGGAGAGAAUACAAGAGUUGGAAAAGAUCAUUGAAGAAAAAGAAGCUUACUGGUCUGUGACACGAGAAAAACUAAUCAAUUCUGCCAAGGAGCGAUCUAGAACUCUUACCAACGCUAAGAAUGAAGUUGUCGCUGAAAGGGACAGGCUCCAGACAAGACUAAGCGAAGUCUCAGGUCAACUUUCGACAACCCAGGGGGAGUUGGAACAAUCCAAGAGUGCGAGACUCAGCUUAGAGGAGCAGAUCAAUAAUUUCAAACGACAAGUUGAGACCCUUCAAGACGAAGCACGAAAGAAUUCCACCGCCUCUGCCCCGGCAGAUUCGUCUGAUACUCAGGUACUGUCUUCCUUGCAGAGUCAAUUAGCAGAAGUACGUGCAGAGUUAGACAACGUCUCAUCACAAAAAUCUGCCAUCGAGGAAGAAUUACAGAACGCUCGCAAUCAACUAAACUCAGCAAUCGCGGAACGAGAUCAGGCCAUUGCCAACUCCCAAGCUCAAGCAGCCAACGGUGACACACCGAUGGAAAAUGGAACGGCAGUUUCAGAAGAAAGGCCAUCGACAACACCGCUAUCCGACGACGAGCGCAAAGCUCUGGAAGAGAGGAUUUCUGAGGCUGCAGCUAGGGCUGCUGAAUGGGAAGCCAAAUUCAAGGAAUUGGACGAAAAGCAUGAACAGAUAGUGAAGACGAGAAGCGAUAAGAUGAAAGAGUCUCUGAACAAGCGCCUGUCAGACUAUAAGGCACAGAUGGAAGAGGAAAGAGCCCAGAUGAAGCAGGACAUUGAAAAACUAGAGGCAGACUUCAAGCUUCGCAUGGAACAAGAGCGGAAGAUCUGGGAAGCAGAACAUGGCAAUGCGCCCAGCGACACGAAACCGCCCGCCACACCAGCUCGGCAGAAUUCUUCUGGUACUCCAGCAGGAACGCCUUCAACUUCGGUAACGAACUUGAGCGCGCUAAAUGAUAAGGAGAUCCGGGAUCUUGUAUCCACUAAUGCGACGAUCAAGAGUAUUAUUCAGAAUAACAUUAAAAAUAAACUCGCGAUCGAAACCAAGAAAGUGCGCGAGGAACAAGAAACAUUGAAAACAGAGUGGGAGCAAAAGGUUGCUCAAGCACGAGAGCAAGCUACUGCCUUGGCUACAUCGAAGAGCAACCUAAAACUCAAUAUGACUGAGAAGAGGGCUCAGGCUGCUGCCGCCAAGUUAGUCGUGGUGGAAACAGCUGCAAAGGAUACACCACAGCGACCUGUUGGUGAAGUUUGGGAAAUUGCGAAAGAUGCAAAACCUCCUCCACCGGCUCCUAAGCAGCCAACUACUACGGAAUCGCAAGCCGUUCCGGCAACGGCGAACGCCGCAACGAUUCCUAGUACCCAGCCUACAAGCACAGUAACAAACCCUCAAGAAACAAAACCAAUCCCGAAUAGCGGUAUCCCUAAGCCGGGUGUGGUUCCAAAUAUUCCCGCGGCCAAUAAUCCCUUCUCCCAGUCGGCUUCCAGGCCUCAAACUCCUUUUGCUCAAAUUUCACAGAACCCCGCGUCCCAACCAGGAUCGAUAACUACACAACCACCUGCUCAACCCUCAGCAAUAUCGCAAAUUCCGACGAAAGCCACCGGUCUUCCGAUGCCAACAGCGGGCACCCGCAAGCCAAGCGGACCUAACCAGGCGCGAGGCGGCGGCCGUGGUGGAGCAGGAAACCGUGGGGGACGCGGACAGGGUCGGCCUAGCCUAAAUCCUUCAGUCGAUAAUUUUCAACCGGGGAACAAACGUCCUCGCGGCGACUCGGAAAUCGGCAAUGGUGCAAAGAGGCCGCGGGGGGGUGGCGGUCAGCAAUAA